GCUUCACCUUCAUCUCCCCUCCUCCCUCUUCUUUCCCUUCUCCUCCUGGUCUAACUACCCCCCUCCAGUCCUCCUCUCCUGCAACCUCUGGUCAGGCACAUCCCGGGAUGAGUGUCACGGUCCAACUCAUCCGACGACGAAGACGCCGAUCGACCGUGGGCAAUGGAGAUGGUGGUCGACUCCGAACACCAGUUCUGGGAUGAAAUCCAAGAGAUUGUUUCCACCCCUUGCUCCUCCGAAGACAGCAUCGACGAUGCCCUGCGGACUUAUCUGAGUCUGGCUGCCCAUUACAGAGAUGAAUAUCUCCACUCCGCGCUGGCCGUUUCGCGCUGUUCCUACAAGCUACUCACGUCGAGCAUCUUCGCUCACCAUGGCGACUAUGUGCGCCGACAGAUGAUCUAUGGCCUCUUGCAGGACGACGACCCGAACACCCUUCUCCUGAUCGCAUCGUAUCUUCUCUUCGACGGCCAGCAGAAUGAGAUCGUCUUCCGCAUGAUGAAUGAGGAGUGCGCUUUUCCGCGAUUGGUGGAACUUCUUCAGGCGCAGAAUAAGGCUAUAGGUGACGAUGGAGCUGGGCUCCAUCGACUCCUGAUGGACUUGCUGUAUGAAAUGUCCCGCAUUCAGCGCAUCAAGGUGGAAGACCUGGUACUCGUGGACGACGACUUCAUCAAGAGUCUCUUCAACAUCAUCGAAAAUCUCUCGUACGAUGUCAACGAUCCGUACCACUAUCCGGUCAUUCGUGUUCUGUUGGUGCUGAACGAGCAAUUCAUGAUCUCGGCCCACGAUCCUAUCAGCGAACGGUCGUCGACCACCUUGACCAACCGAGUGAUCAAAGUCCUGUCUAUGAACGGCAACCUCUACAAAACCUUUGGCGAGAACAUCAUCCUCCUCAUUAAUCGAGAAGCCGAAACCUCUCUUCAGCUUUUGACCCUCAAACUCCUCUACCUAAUAUUCACGACCCCCAGCACAUACGAAUACUUUUAUACAAAUGAUCUUCACGUCCUCGUGGACAUUCUCAUCCGCAACCUGCUGGACCUCCCCGAGGAGGCGGCGGCGCUGCGACACACCUACCUCCGCGUGCUGUACCCUUUGCUGGCGCAUACCCAACUGAGAAACCCCCCGUUCUACAAGCGGGACGAACUUCACAGGAUGCUCAGCAUCCUAGUCAGGGGCCAGCUGCCCACCACCGCGGGCGAGGUCGACCACGAGAAGAUCAUGCACUUCGAUGAGGUGGACGAGACCACACGGCGGCUCGUUGCGCGUUGCGCCACGGUCGACUGGCUUCGCGAGACGGACGAGGCUCAGAAGCAGGCGGCACAGAGGAAAGACUCCGUCCCAGACACGAGCGAGAUCGGCACACCGCUGGAACCUUCGCAAACUUACUCGUCAAGCGGCAGUUCAUCCGACGCCCAAUCUCCAACGCGACCCAACGCACUGUCGACGCCGUACGCGGAGCGCAAGCCUAGCCAGGCGCAGCGGCUUGGCAUGCAGUUGGAGCAAGGCUCGUCCUCGUCCCUUAGCGUCCAAGAGGUGGCCACGCAGCACGAGAAACCGGGCAUCAUCACCCCGAGCCGCAACGACAAUUACGGCCCCGAAAAGCGGCCCACUCACACCGUCGUCAAGCCCAAGGUCAAGCCCCUCCCGCCCAAAGCACGACGCUGGCGCGGACGACGAACCCACGUCGAAGACGAAGACGGCGCCAACGCCCACCGCAUCCCGGAGGAAUCACCCAUCCCUCCCAGCCCCAUUACCCCGGCAUCCCCGUCCCCAUUUCCCAGCGCGCACCUACACGCCCACGGAGAUCGCCGGUACUCCGCGGCAAGUACCCUGGCGCCGCCGCCCGUGCCAGCGCACGCCCGCCGCUCGGCCUCUAAUCCCCCGCCUGCGGUGCCGCCCCCGCGCCGAUCCGCGCAUCCAGCCGUGCAACACUUCUCCAGCCACUGCACGCCCGUGACGAGCCCCUCGCGGCAGCAACAUAGCCUCCCGCCGACGCCGUCCACGCCCGGCAAACACGGGCAGAAGCCCGAGCCGCCCAAGACGCGCAGAUGGCGAGCAGGCAGCAUCCGACAGGACGGGGCGGACAGCCCAACAACGCCGAACAACACCCAUCCUCCCGAAGAAGCAAAAGUCAGUGUGGAGGAAGCGGUGCAGAGUGUGUCUAUCAACGAUGGAGCUGGACGUUGACAUGCAGAACGCAUCCAUCUUAUAACACACCGCAUAACGGCGCGCUUGCUUUCUUGCUGGGUUUUGCUUAUCUUCCUGAUCAAUAGUAAUUAUUCAUUUUUUCUUGCAUCGGUGGGUUAUCAUCAUUAUUAUCAUUAUUAUUCAUUUACUUGGCAUAGCUAGGCAUUACUCUUACUUGCUUCUAUCUUCUACUUUCUUUCCUUCAUCU